AUGGAAGGAGAUAAAUGUUGUUCAAGUCUAUUUCAAAGGUGCAAGCCAUACAUAGCUAUGAUUUCUCUACAGUUUGGUUUUGCUGGUAUGAAUAUAAUAACAAAAGUUUCACUCAACCGUGGAAUGAGUCAUUACGUUCUUGUUGUUUAUAGACAUGCUUUUGCUACCGCAGCUAUUGCACCUUUUGCUAUUGUUCUUGAGAGGAAGAUAAGGCCAAGGAUUUCAUUUCUUAUGUUCAUGCAAAUGUUCGUCUUGGGACUCCUCGGGCCUGUGAUUGAUCAGAAUCUAUACUAUGCUGGGUUGAAAUUCACUUCUCCAACAUAUUCAUGUGCUAUUAGCAAUAUUCUUCCUGCUAUGACAUUCGUAAUGGCUGUUAUUUUCAGGAUGGAGAAAUUGGACAUUAAAAAACUAAGAUGCCAAGUAAAGGUGAUUGGAACAGUGAUAACAGUUGGUGGAGCUAUGGUGAUGACAUUAUACAAAGGACAAGUUAUUCAAAUUUUGAGUUCUCAAUACAUGCAUCAUCCUAGAGAUUAUGUACCUGAAAACAAUACUGAUUCUGGUGAAAAGGAUUGGGUUAAGGGUUCAAUUUUCCUCAUAAUUGCUACCUUUUCUUGGUCUUCUUUCUUCAUCCUUCAGGCUGUUACAUUAAGGAAAUAUUCAGCGCAACUCUCACUCACAGCGAUAGUAUGUUUCUUAGGCACACUACAAUCAAUUGCAGUAACAUUUGUCAUGGAGACUAAGCCAAAUGUCUGGAACAUUGGUUGGGACAUGAAUUUGUUAGCCGCGGCGUAUGCUGGUAUAAUAUCAUCAGGCCUUACAUAUUAUGUUCAAGGAAUUGUGAUGCAAAAGAAAGGACCAGUUUUCGUCACUGCUUUCAGUCCUUUGAUGAUGAUCAUUGUAGCUAUCAUGGGCACUUUCAUCCUUGCUGAAAAACUAUACCUUGGAGGUGUUAUUGGAGCAAUUUUGAUCGUAAUAGGACUUUACUCAGUUUUAUGGGGCAAAAACAAAGAAAACAAAGAGAUUGAAGCAGAGAGAAUAACAGAAGAAAUCAAGUGUUGUGCAGACAAAGGAGUGUUGGAAACAGUGAUUGAAGGUGUUGAAAUAAAUGACAUUGAAAUGCAAAAGGAUGAUGAACCUACUAAAGUCUUAAGUGUGACAAUUAUUAGUGCUCCAAAAAGUUUAAACCUGUAG